CAACGAUCAAUAAUGUCAGACCAUGUGAGUGAGGGGAUAUUUGUCUUCGCCGCACGAUAUCAAACCACGUCUACAAUUGUGAAAGGCGUUCAGUUUCGAUGUUGAACACGCAUUUAAGUCGUUUUAGUUACAACUAGAAUCAGUGCAAGUAAGAGUGCCGAUUGUCGUACCGGAACACAUGUCGCAUUGCUGACGUGAAGUCGAGGUGUACCAAGGCAUUGCUGAUACUUCAAGAACUGAGACUCUUGUAGAAUGUUGUCAUGGAUACAUCAACGAUUCAAGAGUUCACUAACUGUCACAGAUUUGGACCAAUGUUUUGGAUUGCAUUGCAUAUUGCUUUUCUGUUACUGUUCAGUAAUGUGCUGACAAAAGCUGAGCCACAAUUUCUUUCUGGAAAGGAACAUGUGACAACCAAAGCAGCGGAGCAGUUACCACCAAUCUGGUGCUAUCAGUGUGAAUCCAUGGAGCCUACAGGCCCUUGUGUCAACCUUUCAAUUAAUGCAUCCCAUGACUUGGGUACAAAAUGUCCGAAAGAACGUCGAAUGUGCAUGGUGAGACGUUACUCCUACACAACAAGCACUGAGAAUUCAACAUCUAGUCCACGUAUGUGGGCCCUGGAACGCAACUGUACUGAGAGGUGUGAUGCAGGAUGUAUUAUUAUUGGUGAAAGAACCAAGCUUUAUGCAUGCACCUCUUGCUGUUCUACAUCAUUCUGCAAUGUAGGAUCAGUGGCAAGUGCCCAUAUACCUGAUGUCAGGAAUAUUCUUACAAUGGCUGUGCUACAGGGAACUGCUUAUGUAUUGGCAAUAAACAUGUUUUAAUACUACCAACAUAUUUGUUUUCAUUGUAUACAAUGGACUUUUGUCUGGUGCACUCAUGAGAAAGAAAGUAUGAGAAAAAUUAGUGCAUAAAUUUUUGAAACUGAUAAUAGUUUUGCUGGCUAAGGUUUGUGUAUGACUUCCUGUCCUCUAACUACUCUGUAACUCUCAUGUAAACCAGUGACGUACUCUGAAAUGAAGCUCAAGUGUAAAGUUGUGUUAUUGUGAAACACUCACUUUUGACAAAUAAUUCAUUAUUUUAUGAAAAGAUGGUAGAGAAGUGAUGUAAAACCAUAUCAUUGUGACAGAUGUUGUAUCUACAAUCAAAUGUUGAAGUUUUGU